AUGAUUAACGCAACACUCACUAAACCGGUAGUUUUCCCUUGUGGAACUAUCUAUAAUCUCACUAUUGAUGAUAGCACCACAGUGAUGGAGGCAUGGUGCUGUGGUUUUGCUCAGGUGAAUGAUUAUGACGACAGAGCAAGUACGCUCCCUCACAAUUUUACCGGCAUUAGCUGUGGUUCUAGUGAUUUUCUCAAUAUUGAAAAUGAUACGACAUUACUAGAAGGGUAUCUAUGCGGAAUUGGAGCACUUCACACAACCCAAACCAGCGGUUUGUUGACCACCACCACAUCCGCUCAAAAAAAUGGUGCUGGCAAAUUGCGAUUGAAUUGGAUCCACUUUUUAACCCUGUUUGGCGUGCUUUUGCAUUUUCUGAAUUGA